CAGGGAGAAUGCCGAGAACUUGAUCAGCUUUUGCCCAAUGUGCACUGGCUAUUUUCCGAAUUUCUUAAAUGUGUGGCACUCUUUUCAGAACACCUUCUUAUUGAUUGGCUUGUGUCACCGGAAACUGAGUGCCUUUCUUACAUGCUUCACUACACAAGAGCUAUUAGAGCACAAACUGUUUAUCAGUCGAAGUUUUCGCAAGCUCUAAGGCUCCCAUGUAUUUACGAAGCGCAGCAAUCCAUCCAAGAAGAUCCAUCUCAAUCAUUACACGGAGAGGAACUUCCAAGAGAAUGGCCUAUAUUGGAAAUAUGUUCAUUUUUCCUACGCUUGGCUGCUAGUCUUGAGAAACUAUCCGAGAAAAAUGCGUUGCCAUACAACCCGAUAUUUCUUGUUAAAUCUCUAAAGGACGCAAGGCAGGUACUUUUUCGUAGUUUGCCUGCGCAAGUCAACAUGCAAUAUUGA